AUGCAGUCGGUUGGGCAGAGGUUUGCGCCAAUGGGAUCGGCGUCGCCGACGCGCAGUGCUGAGAAGAUGCUGGCGCGGGCGCUGGGGGUCUCGCGGAGGGCCGUGCGCAGGCACCCCGUGUGCGUCUCGGCGAAGAAACAGAGCCGCGACCUGGCCACGGAGCUCGUCAAGAAGCUCCCCGCCGCCUCCCUCGCGGCCCUCCUCGCCAGCGCGGGCCAAUUCAACGCCGCCAUCGCCGCAGAUUACGCCCCGCCUCAGACGGCAUCCGAGGUUGUCCAGCAGCAGCGCACGGCGGGUUCGCUGCGCACUUUCGAGGCGCCGUCGCCGGGGCCGGACUACAAGCUGCCGGAGGGUAACCAGUGGCGGUACUCGGAGUUCGUGGGGGCCGUGCAGGCGGGCAAGGUGGAGCGCGUGAGGUUCAGCAAGGACGGCACCGCGCUGCAGGCCACCGCCGUCGAUGGGCGAAGGGCUACUGUGGUGCUGCCCAACGACCCUGACCUUGUCGACAUCCUAGCCAAGAAUGGUGUCGACAUUUCAGUGGCCGAGGGCGAACAAGAAGGCAACUUUGUGGCGCUUCUGGGCAACCUGCUGUUUCCGCUGCUGGCCCUGGGCGGCCUCUUCCUGCUGUUCCGUGGGCGGGCUGGUGAGGGCGGCGGGCCGCUGGGCCCAGGAAACCCGAUGGACUUUGGCCGAUCGAAGUCCAAGUUCCAGGAGACUCCAGAGACAGGCGUUAAGUUUGCUGAUGUUGCGGGUGUCGAUGGUGCCAAGCUUGAGCUGCAGGAGGUUGUAGACUUCUUAAAGAAUCCGGAUAAGUACACAGACCUGGGGGCAAAGAUCCCCAAGGGCGUGCUGCUGGUUGGACCCCCUGGGACCGGUAAAACCCUUCUGGCCAAGGCUGUGGCUGGUGAGGCUGGCGUGCCUUUCUUCUCGUGUGCGGCAUCUGAGUUCGUGGAGCUCUUCGUGGGCGUUGGUGCCUCUCGAGUGAGGGACCUCUUUGACAAGGCUAAGGAGAAGGCCCCUUGCAUCGUGUUCAUCGAUGAGAUCGACGCUGUUGGCCGCCAGCGAGGAGCUGGCCUCGGCGGUGGCAAUGAUGAGCGUGAACAGACGAUCAACCAGCUGCUCACAGAGAUGGAUGGCUUUGAGGGCAACACUGGUGUCAUCGUGCUGAGCGCCACCAAUAGGCCGGAUGUCCUGGACCAGGCGUUGCUUCGGCCAGGCCGCUUUGACAGGCAGGUCACAGUGGACCGGCCUGACCUUAAUGGUCGCAAGGCAAUCCUGAAGGUGCAUUCAAAGGGCAAGACUCUUGGCAAGGACGUUGACCUUGAGAAGGUGUCGCGUCGCACCCCAGGCUUCACAGGCGCCGACCUGCAGAACCUGAUGAACGAGGCGGCGAUCCUGGCAGCUCGCCGGGAGCUGAAGGAGAUCUCCAAAGAGGAGAUCGCCGAUGCCCUGGAGCGCAUCAUCGCUGGACCUGAGAAGAAGACGACCGUUUUCUCCGAUGCUAAGAAAAAGCUCAUCGCCUAUCACGAGGCUGGACAUGCAUUGGUGGGAGCAUUGAUGCCUGAGUACGACCCUGUUACCAAAAUCUCCAUCGUGCCCCGUGGCAAUGCUGGCGGCUUGACCUUCUUCGCCCCAAGUGAGGAGCGCCUGGAGAGUGGCCUGUACACCCGAACCUACCUCGAGAACCAGAUGGCAGUGGCGCUCGGUGGACGCAUUGCUGAGGAGCUCAUCUUCGGGGAGGAGGACAUCACCACUGGCGCGUCGAAUGACUUCCAGCAAGUCACCCGCAUUGCUAGGACGAUGGUUUCCCAGCUUGGCUUCAGUGACAAGCUGGGACAGAUCGCCUGGUCCGGCGGCAGUGGCCCCACGUUUCUGGGCCAGCAGAUGGCGCAGCCAGGGGAGUUCUCCAUGACGACCUCCAACAUCAUCGACACAGAGGUGAAGGAGUUCGUGGAGCGGGCCUACAGGAGGGCCAAGGAUUUGAUUCAGACCAACAUCGACAUCCUGCACAAGACGGCAGAGGUGUUGAUGGAGAAGGAGACGAUCGACGGGGAUGAGUUCGAGCAGAUCAUUAUGGAGUCCCAAGCAAAGCAAUACCUCAAGAAAGAUGCCCCUACCGUGACCAUUCCCUACCAGCGGGCCUAG